AUGGAUGGUGCAGGAAAUAUUUUUCCAUUGGCAUAUGGUGUGAUAGAUUCCGAGAAUGAUAAGUUUUGGACGUGGUUCUUUGAGCAGCCACAUUUGGUGAGUAUAUGGCAUUUAUGGAAAAAUGUGACAAAGAAUUACAAGACGAAAGAUGAAGUAUUGAGCCCCAUAUUCUAUGCACUUGCAAAAGCAUACACACAGGAUGAGUUAGACAAGAUAAUGGAGAAGAUUGAGAAGGUUGACUAUCGGGUAAAAGAUUACUUGGAGGAUGCUGGAAGGGAAAAGUGGGCUCGACUGUAUUCACCAGUUAACAGAAGAUGGACAAUGACCUCAAAUAUAGCCGAGUGUAUUAAUGGAAAACUAGUAGCAGCAAGAGAGUUGCCUGUUUUUGAUUUUCUUGAAGAAAUUGAACCAUCGAUUGAAUUUGUGUAUACCGUACAUGAUCAAUCAAGGCGUUUCAUAAUUGAUCUUAAAAAUAAAACAUGCAGCUAUAGAGUGGUGAAGACGUAUGAUGUGCCAGUUGAUCCUCUCCCUGACGAGAGUGAGUGGAAUAUUCCUAAACACAUAUCCGAUGAAGUUGUUUUACCACCGAGAUACAAGAUACCCCCAGGAAGGCCAAAGAAAAAGCGAGACAAACCAUUAAUGAAGAUGAUGAUUGGUAAACGUAGGAAUGCUUAUAAUACUUGUGGACGUCUUGGCCACAAUAGGUGCUCUUGUUCUAAUGAGUCUCGUAAGAAGUAG